UUUCAGGGACUGUUGACCUUCAGGGAUGUGUUCAUAGAAUUCUCUCACGAGGAAUGGGAAGAGCUGGACCCAGCUCAGCGGAAACUGUACAUGGACGUGAUGUUGGAGAACUACAGGAACCUGGUCUCCCUGGGAUUUGCAGUCUUUCAUCUAGACCUGGUCACCUUUUUAGAGGAAAUGAAGGAGCCCUGGGAUUUGAAGAGAAAAAAGACGAUAUCCGUCCACCCAGGUAGGUGGGAAUGA